AGGCUCUCCUUAUAGAGAAUCUCCUCUGGGUCAUUUUGAAAGCUAUGGAGGGACCCCCUUUUUCCAGGCUCAGAAGAUGUUUGUGGAUGUGCCGGACAACACCGUGAUGCUGGAUGAGAUGACCCUCCGGCACAUGGUCCAGGAUUGCACAGCUGUAAAAACGCAGUUACUGAAACUCAAGCGUCUGUUACACCAGCAUGAUGGAAGUGGAUCAUUGCAUGAUGUUCAGCUAUCAUUGCCAUCCAGUCCAGAGCCAGAAGAUGGUGAUCAGAUCUAUAAGAAUGAAGAUUUACUAGAUGAAAUAAAACAACUUAAAGAGGAAAUAAAGAAAAAAGAUGAAAAAAUCCAACUAUUAGAGCAACAGCUUGCAACCCGAUGUAACUGCCACCAGAAAUCUAAAGAGGGAAAGUGUACAUAUGCUGAUAAAUAUACCCAGACGCCCUGGAGAAGAAUUCCUCCUCAAGUACUACAGCCUUCCAGCAGCCUUCCCAGAUCUACAGACCACGCCCAGGGAAAAUUAAUAAAGUCACAACGUAUCGAGGCCCACAGUGACUGUGCAGUCCAAAGCAUGUGUCCGGGUGGUGCACAUCCAGAUGGAAGCUUUGCACAUGGCUUGCAGCAAGACAGCAGCCAUGGUUUGGAAGAGCAUCCUUUUUCGUCAAGCCCAAAGUUCCCAGUGGAUGUGGUGAGGGACACACCUUCUGAAACGAACCUGAGCAUGACUCGGAAUGCUCAAGAGCCUUAUCAUUUGGCAGAGAAAAAACCUAGUGACAUGCAGUUUGUAACUUCUCCUCCUCAGACCUCUUCCCAGUCAAGUACAGUGGACCAGACUAAGAGGGGUGGAAGAAACCAAUGUCCUCAGCCCAAGUCCUUGCAGCUUUUAAAGCCGUCCAACUUGAGUUCUUUGACACCUCCUCCAGAUUCUGACUCAUCACCAAGUAGAACUUCCACAUGUAAGAAGGCACCAGGAAUCACCCCAUGCAAUUCAAAACAUCAGCCAACAUCGAAUCAAAACAAUCUUGCAAAUCAUUCGAAUCUGAAAGCAUCUAAACUCCGUCCCCCUUCUGGCUCUUUCAAGCAAAAACAAAUAAGCAAUCCCCCAGUAGAGCCUCAAAACUUCCAGGCCAAGACAAGCAUCCCAAGGCCGUUAUCACAAUCGAAGGAACUGCAUGCUCCACACAGCAGUUUGCAUUCUGGGGAUUGUGUAGCCUCUAAUCGAUAUUCUCGUCUUCCUAAACCAAAGAUACAUUAAGUGCAUAGCCAUCACCUGCCAAUUUGUCCUUUGAAAACAGUCUGCUCUCUAAUAGCUUUAUGUGCAGCUUAUUACUAUGUUGGAGGUUCCAUUUCAGCAAAUCUUAAAAUUAAAAUGCAGAAGCUUCUACUAGUUUGGUUCUUCCAUUUUAUAUCCUGGUUGAAUUACAUACCAUUUGCACAUACUUGUCUCAGGUAAACACAAGUUUACUUAUCCAUCUCAGAGGCCUAAGUUCCUCUUCAUGCUAUCCAGCCCUCUUUCUACAUACCGGAAAAGUCAGAAUAUUCCAUUUAUCAGGCAAGAUGUGUACUUUGCUUAUUUAGUCCUGUUGUGGUAUGUAAUAACUGGUUGUUAGAAUCUGACCCCUAUGCAUAUUCCUCUUGUGAGUAUGGCUGCUAUUUUAACUAAAGAUCCAUAAUGAUGAUGGAAGGUAGUUUUCUGUAAGCAGGGUUCUGGCCAGGUUUUGUGUAUUUAUGAGGUCUAUGCAAAAGGUCCCCAAUAAGGAAAGACCAGGCUUUUAGUGGAGGAGUCUUUACCAAUUUUAUCUCUCCUUUCUAGGAUCAAUAAUCUAGUCCUCCAUUUAUCAGACAAAUUCCCAUGCUGACAGUUGUCAUUGUUCUAUGUUGCUGUUACAUCUCAUUUUACACACACAUUUACUAUUUGCUUACAUUGCUGCUGGGUAAACUUGGAGAGCUUGAGAUGCCUAUGGUAUAUCAGUUGUAACCUCUGUUGGGGCUAGAAUUUUGUACUGGCAAUUGAGUUUUCACUCUUAUUAACUUAUGGAUCCAUCGUACUACUUUCAAGUUUCCAUAACAUACAUUGAAAAUUUAAAAUUCUUUAUUAUAAUACUUGUAUUUAUUGACUUUUUCCUGAUGUCUGAAGACUGGAAUAAUGGACUUGAGAUAUUUGCACAAAAUUUUGAUGGGAUAUAAAAGAUGGUUUUAAAGCUUAUUUUCUAUAAAAAAUGAGUUAAAACAUUUUAAGAAAAAUAUAUCAAUUUAAGACUAUCAUAAUAAGUCACUUUUCUGGGUUUCUUAAGUUUCUCUUUUCUUUCGGUGGAAGGUGGAAUGACAGUUUCUUGAAAAGUAGAUUUGGAGGAAAAUUAAUUUGUAGGUAGGAAAGAAUACUUUCUUAAGAGAGAUUAUUCCAGAUGUCCUAUGGAAGGUAGCUGUGGGUUAAGAGAGAUUGCUCCAGAUGUCAUAUGGAAGGUAGCUAUGGGCCUCCAGGUAACCAGCUGUGCUCCUGGCCGCUUCUCAAGCAGUCGAGUAAAUUUAUCUCAUGUUUGCCCAAAUCAUGCCAUCUUUAGGCUGGUCAUAGCUUGUUUAAUUCACAUUAAGAUUUCUCAGAAAGAUAACAUUACAGGAUUAGUAUCUGAUAAGCUGACCAAAAAAUUUAUCAAAAGGAAUUAUGGCCAAAACAAUUAAAUGACUUUCUUUUUAAAAGUACCUAGGUCACAAAGAGAAACAUGACAUCAAAUGCAUUUGUGCAAAGUUGCAAAGUCACAUCUGCUGCCAUUUGGGAGCAGUCUUCCCUUAAAUGUCAGAACCCAUCAAGUAAAUUCGCCAUUUGGAGAUGCAGACCUUUUUCCAGUGUGGGAACAGGCGAGUAUAGUCUCACCCCACACCGUGUUAGUCGGAGGAAGCUCAGGACAUGCUGCACAUGGCUGAGGUGGGAUGGAGUCGUUGCUGCUGUGGGCAAAAGCACUUAACUCUUGAUCAUGACAGGGAGCCAGGCUGGCUACAGGUACAUGUGGGCACAUGCGGUUUCUCCUCACGGAGAAUGAAAACUAAUCGAAUCUCAUGUCUGGCACAUCAGCCACAGUCAUACUCUAGUCCCUGCAAUAGAACAUACUAAUUAAUGUGUUAGGUUUUUUUUUUUAAUUAGAGACUUGUAUAGAUUUUAUGGAAUACUUCCACAAAUUGGUUUAUCCUUGAAGGAAAGUUUGAAUUUUUAAAUUUAUUUAUAACCCUGUUGUCUGAGGGAAAUGUCUUUGGUGUCUAUUAUAUUAAAUUGUUGUGUCCAGUAAUUUCUUUAUUCUAAUAUUUGUCCCACUUUAAUUUUUUUCUCCCUGAUAAGUUUGUAGAAAUAUUUAUCUACCAGUUCACUCUCUCUAUAUCUUUGUUGGGCCUUAGUCUUGAUAGAGAAGAUAGGCAGGCUUAUCAAUAUAUUUUGUUUUCUUUGAGAUAAGAGCCUCACAUAAUGCCAGGCUGGUCUCUAACUCACUGUGUAGCCAAAGAUAAACUUGGAUUUUUGAUCUCCUGCCUCCAUCUGCAGAGUGCUGAGAUUACAGGCGUGCACCACCACACCUGGUUUUGUGUGGCACUGGAGACUGAAUCUAGGGCUCAAUGUGUGCUCGGCAGGCACUCUACCAAGUGAGCUACAUUCCCAGCCCUCGUCACUAUGCCUUUGAAGCAUGAUGUGUGCUUCAAGUCUAUCACCCAGAGAAAAUAUCUAGGAUGCAUUCACAAAUAACAUAGACUACUGGCCUGCAGUUUUCUGGAAAAGCUGCAAGAAUAUCAUUCUGUCUGCUCCUAGUAAUACUAAGCAGUCCAAAUGAGGGCCCAGCACUGCUGAAUAAGCAGACAUCACUUUCUCAGUGUGCCUCAUUCUCUUGAAUGCGUCUGAAAAGCAAUGCAACUCGAUGCCAACUGUCCUCUGCAGGAACAUAGUUUACUCACUGUUCUGUCAGUAAACACAGUGAGAGGAGGUGAAUUCUAAGUCCCAAGGGUGAGGUUGGUUAAUUUUCACAUGUAUGAAAGAGAAAAGAAUAUACAGAAUUAAUUACUUGGCUUUUUAACAGGAUGCUUGGCUGUUUUUUGAGCUAGAGUUUUGCUAUGUAGCAUUGAGUUUGUUCAAGGAAAGCUUGGUCUAAGAUGUUCAUUGGCAUAGGUACAGGUGAUUUCAAGGCAUCCGACAAAGGAUUAUAGAGUUGUAUCAUUGGAAGAUUUCUAAACACAGACUUCUCUACUUGUUACUUUUCUUCUGGGUCUUAUUUUUUAUUCAUACAGUGUUUUCAGGCACACUGACAACGGUUGGCUAUAUUUAUAUAGAUGUUAGGGAACUUACUAAGCAUUUUAGUAAGUAAAAAUUUGAAUAUGAAAGAAAAUAUCAGAUAUGCACUUUAAAUGAGCUUAAUUGCUUGCAGUCGUGCCUGAAGUAUCACGAUGCCUCCUCUGGGUGUGGCUUUGUUUAGUGAAAUGAAUUUUUCUGUAAUUGUUGCUGUUUGAAGGUAGCUGUACAGCUUUUCCGAGAACUGUAUCCCAGCAUGCCACUUUGCCCAUGAUAGCACUAAGUUUUCUUUGAAUGUCCAUCAUCCCCUUAAGUAUUUUACUCAGUGUAUCAAGACAACUUGAUCCCAGUAACUGUCACUUCCGAGGUUCUGUGCCAUAGAUGGUGUUCCAGAUGCAGGUGGCUUCCUGGUUUUACCACCAGAGUGAUCCUACCAGCUUCCUGAGUUGCACUUUGGGGUCAAAAGUACAACUUUUGUUCAGUAAGGCUGCAACAGCAUUUCCACUCUCCAGUCUCCACAGCAGCUCCCGUGUUGCUGAGCUAGCUUGGGUAGUUAGGUUUGCAUGCGUAUGCACACAUUUGAAAAUGAAGUAUAGCCGUAAUAUACACACAUGGGAUUUUCCUUGGGGUUGAUCAUCUGCUCGUUUCCUCAUUCAAUGCUUACGUUCUGUUUUCUGUUGGUCUCUCCACGGGUCCCUUUAACUUUCUGCUGCAGCAAUUUGAGAGGAUACAUUUGGACAAAUGAUUAUGAGGUCCCUAUAAUUGUGUAAUUGAUUAUAAAGAUUGUGUCUUCACCUUGUUGAGUAAAAGCUGCCCCUUUCUUCCUGGUAGAGCAUUGCCUUGAUGAGUAAUGCUGGCCUUGAGAACUUGGUCAUGACGGACUAAAACCAGAAACAGUGUCUGCAAUGUUCUCCUCCUAUUGAUUUUACAAUCCAGUUCAGAGUACAUAAUGUAUAUUAGAAUUUGCCUGUAAAAUGAAUUAUGGAAACCAGAUGUAAAAUCUCUUUCCUGAAAGUGUUGGCUUAGUAAAUAAAAAAUAAAGUUCAUAAUUAUAAAAAUGU